GGAAACCUCACACUGGCCUAGCCCCCAUUGGCUCUCUCUCGCUCGCUCUCUCUCUCUCUCUCUCUCUCUCUCUCACUCUCUCUCGCUCUCGCUCACUCUGUCUCAAACGCUCUCGACACACCGCUGGACGUGCACGCACACACACACCGACUGGAGCAUGGCCCGAUCUUCGCUGAGGAUGAAUGAACUGAGACGCAACAUGUCCCUCAUCACCCUGCUCCUCUUCGCCUCUGCUCUGAACGCUGGCGUCUCGGCCGAGGAUGCGCCAGUGGCGGCGGUGACCGCACCCUCUCAAGGGUCUGAGUUCGGACGAGGUGACAUGAUCCCAGAGGAGAAGACAGAGGAACCCGCGACGGAAGAGGGACAGGUGAUGGUGCUUCCUACGCCAGGGCUCAUUCACCCCAGCACGGCCGCUCCGACACAGGAGGAAGGGUCGCCUGCCAGCAACGACACCGAGGGGACCACCGUGGAGCGUGGCACUCAGACCCAGGCUGUGACCAAGGGCCCGGGGCCCGCCGAGACUCAGACCCAGGGGCCCCAGUCCUCCAGAGGAGAUGGACCUGACAAACCGCCCCAGCUUGAUGUCAUGUGCGUGUCUAAAGAAGCGGUUGAAUUCAAGGAUGCAGUGAGUUUGAAGCUCAAGACCUCUUCCAGCUGUGAGGAAAGCAGGACUAAGAUAGCCAGUGUGCUUCAGCAGCUCUGUGGGGAGGACUGCAAGCUGGACCUGUACCAGGAACAGGGCUCCACCCAGGUCCUGGUCUCCGGACAGUAUGUGGAAGCCGAUGCAGUGGCCAUGGCUGAUAAGUUCAACAAUGACAACAUCAAAGAUAAGAUCGACGUGGAGGAGGCUUCUCCCCGUGUGGUGAAGGGCUCUAAGAUGGUUCUGGUGUCCCUGCUGAUCAGUGGUCUGCUGCUGGCUGCUCUGCUGGUGGCCGGCUAUUACUUCAAAACACACCGCAAGAGCUCCAAGGGAGUCCGACUGGCCGAGUCGUUCCAGGUGGACGAGGAGAACCAGGCCAACACACUGGUGUCCGUGGCCCCGCUGCCCCAGGACCCCCUCCUGGAGAAGCCCGCCGCCACCAACGGCGCCGAGCCCCUCCCGGAGAAUCCCGCCCCCCCCGCCACCAACGGCCACGCCCCCAACCAGACCCCCGUCGCCGACACGGAGAUGUGA